CUUAUGCCCGUUCACCCGCCAAUCAUGGCCUCUGGAGGCAAUUGUGCAUUUCAAAUUGGCCUCGGCCCUCUUUGUGCCGAUGUCGCUCUGUCCAGACACUUUUCCUUCGAUUGAGCCGCCACGCGGAACCGCAUAGGAAGCCCACUCCAGGCCUCACUUCCUCUCACGCCUCGUGGGCAGCACAAAGAGUAGUUUUCUCGAGAGCUCGAUAGGCGUGAACGCAUUUCCCCCCAAAAUGCGUUUCCAGCAGACAGAAUCGGCAGGCCAAGGCGCCGAACAGCAACGAAAGCAGCCGAAGAGCUUCACGCAAAAGUCCUCGAGCCUACCGUUCGGCCAAGACAUCUCCCUAGAGUCAAUCAACGGCCCGACGUAUCUCACCGCGCAGACGCUCGUCCAACAAGUCGCCUAUACGCUCUCCGAUAAAAUCUUCGCCUACUCCGCCGAGUCCUUCGAUCUAGAUGUGGCAGUCAAGGACUGGCGAGAGAAGGGAGAGAAGAAUGCAUUCGGAUACCAGACUGGCGUUACUCCUUUAGAGACAAGGAAUGGUGCAGGGUCAAUUGCGCUGGGGUACAUGUUCUCCAAAGAUUUCGACCUGAAGAAGCGCCAUAUCCCGCAGUCAAUUGUCGCGUCUUCUGCGACUCUGCACUUCUUGCGCCCGGCGCUGGACCAGCUCUCACUCCUCUACUCGGUCGCGAACCCGCUCACGGCGCACAUUGCCGCUGUCGAUUACACUGCCAACUCUGAGGCUGGCCUGGUGACGGACUAUGUUUCCUCGCUGGCCCUUGCCGAGGAUCUGGGGCUCGGUCUCGUUUGCAGCCCGUCUGUAUUUGAGACGCAGCACAUGUCGCUCUUCGCGACCUUGCUCUCGAGCGUACUGCCCACCCUCCACACCUACGACGGUAUCAGCGUUGGGCGCGAGACGGCGAGAUUAGUGGAUACCCUGGACCAGGCGAGACUUUAUAGCAGCUAUCAGGCGGUAUUGAAGGCCGUUUCUGAGGUGGACAAGAAGCAUUCGGACAAUGCGGGACGUGUCGUACGUCUUCUGCAGGCUUUCAACGAUGAGUUUGGCGAGGAUUAUAGGCUCUUCGAUUACUAUGGCCACGAGGAACCUGAGACCGUCCUGGUCGUCUUUGGUACCGUGGAGGCAUCCUUGACAGCCCAGGUCGCCAACGCGCUUGCGAAGGACGGCGACAAUCUCGGCGUCAUCAAUGUCCGCGUGUAUCGCCCAUUCGUGGAGGAAGCCUUCCUUGAAACCCUGCCUAAGAGUACUAAGAACGUCGCAGUCCUUGGACAGGUCAAGGACGAGGCUGCCGUGUUCGACCCUGCUGAGUACUCGAGGCUGUACUCUGAUGUCCUGGCCGCCAUCCAGUUCGCUUUCGACAGGAACAUCGCGGUCACAGACAUCAAAUACUCGCGCGAACAAGUCUGGACCCCGAGCAACAUCCUAGAUGUCUUCCAGCAGAUCUACGGCGAGAAGACACAGUCCGAAGAGGUCCGCUCCUAUGUCAAUAUUCUGAACACGGCCGAUGUCCGUCAAUAUACGUUCUGGGAUCUGGACGAAUCGCCAGCUGUCAAUGCUCCCGUUGUGCUUGGAAAGCUCUUCUCGAGCGAUGCUUCGAAGAACGUCUUCGUGCGUACCGGACACGACAACCUUGUGCGCGGAGGCGCUGUUCGCACUGACAUCCGCAACGCCACCUACACCAUAGAGGCGCCGUACUCCGUUGAGCAAGCUGAUGUCACCUUUAUCGGUGACGAGACGCUUCUGAAGGAGUUCGACAUUCUGAACAGCGUCAAGUGCGACAGCUCGAUCAUCGUUAAGUUACCUGGCGUAAAGGACGAAGACAUCGAGAAGAAGCUUUCCCCUGCUUUACGCAAGGCCAUCGUGAGCAAGGACGUCGAACUUUUCUUGCUCGACCCAACUCUGUCGGAAACAGUUGCCGAAGACUCGACCCUGGAGACGUACCUCACCCAGAUAGCCUUCUUGAAGAUUGCGCGUGAGGACCUGCUCACGUCUGGCCUGUCCAAGCUGGCUGCCAUCAACGGCAACCCAGAGAUUUUCGAGAAGCUGUCCAGGGAACUAGAAACGGCCCUUCGUGAGAUUGAAGUGCCGGUCGCUUGGGCAACGGUUGAGGAGGACGUAGAGCCCAUCCAGCUUCCCUCCGACGUCAACGUGAACAGCUUCGCCGGCUAUGAUCGCACCGAGACCGAGCCUCCAUCUCUGCUCAAGACCUGGGCUAUUGCCGCCAAGGGUCUCGCCUUCAAGGAGGCUUACGGCACCGCGAAUGCGAUUCGCCCAGAUCUGGGAAUUAAGACCUCCAUUGUCCAUGUCAAGGAGCAUCGCCGUCUCACGCCACUCACCUACGACCGAAACAUCUUCCACAUCGAGUUCGAUCUAGGUAACUCUGGUCUUACGUACGCUAUUGGCGAGGCUCUCGGUAUCCACGCGGAAAACGACAAGGCUGAGGUUGAGGAGUUCAUCAAGUGGUACGGCCUCAACCCUGAAGAGGUCGUUGAGGUGCCUUCUCGCGAGGAUCCCAGCGUCCUGGUCAAUCGUACCGUGUACCAGUCUCUGCUGCAGAACGUAGAUAUAUUUGGCCGACCGCCCAAGCGCUUCUACGAGGCGCUUGCAGAGUUCGCCGAUGACGAGAAUGAAAAGAAGGAGCUGCUUACGCUCGGUAGCCCUGAAGGCGCUACAGAGUUCAAGCGCCGUGCUGAGGUCGACACCGUUACCUAUGCAGACAUCCUGCUCGACUUCCCCUCCGCUCACCCCUCCUUCCACGACAUCGUCCGCAUUGUCAGCCCCAUGAAGCGCCGCGAGUACUCCAUCGCCUCCUCGCAACACGUCACUCCCAACUCCGUCUCCCUCCUCAUCGUCACCGUCAACUGGGUGGACCCGCGCGGCCGCGACCGCUUUGGUCAAGCAACGCGCUACCUCAACGGCCUCAAGGUAGGCGCACCCGUCACGGUUUCCGUCAAACCCUCUGUCAUGAAACUUCCGCCGAAGACCACCGCGCCCAUUAUUAUGGCCGGUCUCGGCACGGGUCUCGCACCUUUCCGCGCCUUCGUCCAAGAGCGCGCCUACCAAAAGCAACACGGCCACGAAAUCGGGGAGGUCCUGCUGUACAUGGGCUCUCGCCACCAGCGCGAAGAGUACCUCUACGGCGAGGAGUGGGAAGCGUACCAAGACGCUGGCAUCAUCACGCUGCUCGGCCGGGCCUUCUCUCGCGACCAGCCGCAGAAGAUUUACAUCCAGGACCGCAUGCGGCAGACGCUGGCGGAUGUCCGGCGCGCAUAUCUGCAGAAGGAGGGUAGCUUCUAUCUUUGUGGGCCGACGUGGCCUGUCCCGGAUGUGACGGAGGUGCUGCAGGAGGCGGUUGAGGUUGAGCACAAGGCGAAGCAUUGGGGUGAGGAGAAGCCCAAGAAAGUGGAUAGUAGGAGGGAGAUCGAGACCUUGAAGGAAGACGGGAGGUAUGUGCUUGAGGUUUAUUAGAUGGGUGAUGAAGGCGAGAUGGGUGGGGAUUAGAGAUGGAUGAUCAGCGUGGUUUCUUAUAGAUCAAAUGCGUGUUUGCCCUUCUCGGUCUGUUAUCUUCCUGGCCGACUUCGCUUUCCUCUGCAGUAGAGAGAAAGAUGCUCUUAAACAAGUUGACGUCAUAGCCACCAGCGGAUUUAGAUCUGAACCUCUUCCGCAAUAAAUGUUAUCCAGGAAA